AUUGCGUUUAUUCUAGCUAGCUAGGUAUCCCUUCUGUGCAUGUAAAUUUUUCUUUAAAAAAACCGCAGUUAUUCAAAUUAUCUGGCUAGAGAAAUGGUAGCCAUCUAACCUAACCUAGCUAGCUAACUAUCGGGCUUUUAUUGAAAACUAGCGUUAGCUAGCUAACCUUCCUAGCUAAAUUAACUGGCUACUAAUUUUGAACGCAUAGAUUAAGAUGAAAUAUCAUUUCACUUGAAAAUAUUCAUUUGAUGACAUUUACAUAGCUAGAUUAUAUCACUACCACACCACUGGUGUGACAGACUACACAAAUUCAAAGAAGCUAAUCGUGACACAGACAGUGGCUGAAGAUUUUGUGUUGUACUCCAGAUGUCCAGAUCAUGGGAAGACAUCCAGCUGGUUUCAAGCUGUCUGACCUCGUAUCAGAACUGUGUCACGCUGAUGAGGACUAUCCCUUUCCCGUUUGGCAGAAUGGGACAGUUAGCCAAUGCUUUAACCAAAUGAUCUUGGGAUCCCUUGCACACGCUGUCAUUGCGGUCCUAAGUGCCUGUUAUUUGAGCGUGCCAAGACUCAUUUACACUCAGCCUUCCCUGCCUGUUGGCUGGAUCUUCAGGGCUGUAUCAGCAUUGCUGCUGGUUAUUUUUUUUAGCGGGGAUAUGGUGCUGGUGCUGGUGUUUGGGCUACAACAGCAGGACUUCUACUUGGACAUCCUAGCUGAUGGAUGUGGUAUGGUUGCUUGGCUGGUCCACUUUGGGGCGGUUUUGGCUCUACAACGAUCUGUCUAUAGAAGGACACGCGGUCCCUUAUUAUUUGUGGUUCUAGCUGUUCUUCCUGUCCCUAACCUUGCUUUUACCUUCACUGCUUACAUCCAAGAUGGCAGUUAUCUCAAUGCCUCACACCCUUUGAAGAUUGUGCGUUUGGCCCUGGCUGUGAGCAAGGUAGCCCUAGUCCUUGUGUACCUGCUAGCUUUCACCUUUCCUUGCUACACAUCACGAACAGAGUCUCUACAUUUAAACAUAGAUGAUGGGGCUCUUCUUAUAGUGCCAGACCCUCAGGGAGGGGAAAUAGUAGCAGAGGAUGGCUGCAGCUGUCUGUCCAGGCUUCUCUACCUCUGGCUGAACCGUCAGCUGAAGCUGGGUCCCCGUGGCGAGCUGGAGAGACCCAGUGACGUUUUCCAGCUUCCAUGCAGGCUUCAGACCGGAGCGGUCACUCGGCGCUUCCGUCAAUGUUGGGCACAGUGUCUGGGUGGCAGAGCGCCAAGAACACCUGUGGGGCUGCAGAGGUGUGCUGGAGGGAAUGAGCAGGAGAGUUUAUGCAGCGAAGUCAAACCUGAGGAGCCCUGCGAAGAAAGACAACAGCACCAGGUGAAGCUUUGGUGGGUUUUACACAAAGCUUUUGGCCUGCGCUACUGUCUCCUCGGGGUACUGAAGCUGUUGGCUAGCCUGAUGGCAUUUGUAGCACCACUUCUGCUCAGUGCAUUAGUGGGCUUCAUGGAGACUGAGGGUGCACCACUGAGCACGGGUGUUUGGUGCACCAUGGGGCUGUUCUCAAGCACAUUCAUGGCAGCAUUCUUGCGCAACAUUUUCACGUACGAGGUGUCAAAAGUGGCGCUCGAAGCUCGGGCUGCUGUGGUGUCCACAAUCUAUGGCAAGGCUCUGCGUGUCAGUGGCUCAGCCCUGGCACGUUUUAGUGUUGGGGAGGUGGUCAACUUCAUGAGCACAGACACGGAUCGCCUGGUGAACUUCUUCAGCAGCUUCCAUGAAGUGUGGAGUCUGCCCUUCCAGUUCGCCCUUGCCCUUUACCUGCUCUACCUGCAGGUGGGCGUGGCCUUCCUUGGGGGGUUGGCUGUGGCUCUUCUUCUUGUGCCACUCAAUAAAGUCCUGGCCAACUGCAUCCUAGAGAACAAUAAACAGAUGCUGUCCCACAAGGACAGCAGAGUGAAGCUAAUGACCGAAGUCCUUUUUGGAAUACGAGUUCUAAAGUUCUAUAACUGGGAGCAACACUUUGCACAGAAGAUAAACCAAAGCCGCAAUAAAGAACUGAGUCACCUGAAGAUGCUGAAGUACCUGGACGCAGUGUGUGUGUAUACCUGGGCAGCUCUGCCUGUGGUCAUCUCAAUCAUCACCUUCAUUACCUAUGUGCUGCUUGGAAACACUCUCACUGCAGCUAAGGUGUUCACUACGCUAGCUCUAGUAGGCAUGCUCAUUCUGCCCCUCAAUGCCUUCCCUUGGGUUCUUAAUGGCACAUUGGAAGCUAAAGUAUCUCUGGAUCGCAUUCAGAAUUUUCUCAUGCUGCAUAAUCAGGACUUUACUGCGUACUACAGCCAAGAAUUUCCUGAAGACCCUCUCACUGCUAUCCAGAUGAUCCAGGGUGGUUUCUCGUGGAAGAGUUCUGAUGAAUUACAGUCUGACUCUAAGGUGGAGGACAUAUCUUCAUUAGGAAGUAUGUACCUCCAUGAUCUCAAUUUAAGUAUCAAAAAGGAUUCCCUGGUUGUUGUGGUGGGGAAGGUAGGCUGUGGGAAAAGCUCUCUGUUAGCUGCUAUCACUGGAGAGCUAAACAGAUAUGGAGGUGUAGUGUGUGUUCAGGGCAGAGAGCAGGGCUUUGGCUUAGCUGUCCAGGAACCAUGGAUCCAGCAUGCAACAGUGCGUGACAACAUCCUGUUCGGACUGGACUUUGAUGGCAGGCGCUAUCAAGCUGUACUUGAAGCUUGUGCCCUCGCUGAUGACCUUAAUAUUUUGCCCAGUGGGGACCAAACAGAGGUGGGGGAGAAUGGAGUAACGCUCAGCGGAGGGCAGAAAAGUCGCCUCGCCUUAGCCCGAGCUGUCUAUAUGGACAAGGACAUCUAUCUGCUGGAUGAUCCGUUAGCAGCGGUGGAUGCUGAUGUGGCUCGCCAUCUCAUGGAGAAUUGCAUUCUGGGAAUUCUUAAGAACAAAACCAGAAUCCUCUGCACUCAUCGAAUAGAGUUUGUGGAGAAAGCAGAGAUGGUGGUGUUGAUGGACAAAGGAACCAUUGUGAGAACAGGCCCACCAGCGGAAGUCUUAUCUUUGGUGGAAGCUGUACCCAGAGACAGUAAGAAAGACAACAAAAUGAAAGAGACGGAUGGCACUGCCCAAGAAGAACUGAACGCUGAGCUGCUUUCAGAGUGUGGGCAAGCCACCAUGGGAGAAGAGCAGAAACAAAUGGGUGGGCUUUCCUGGACAGUGUAUGGGUCCUACUGGAGGGCCGUAGGCGAAUGCAUGGCUGUGUCUGUGCUUUGUUCCCUGUUCCUCAUGCAAGGUACUAAGAAUGUGUCAGAUUGGUGGCUGUCUCAUUGGAUCUCGAACCUGAAAGCCAACAAGUCUGAGUGGCUGUCUGUGACAGCAGGUCCUAUCUCUACCCUACUGCUCUUCUCUGCCGACAGACCCAUGUUUCCUCUCUCAGUCAGUGGCUUGAAUGCAGUUGGCAAUAUGAGCUCAGAGCUAAAGUUCUACAUGACUGUGUAUGGUUCUCUGGCUGGGGCCAAUACUGUCUUCACAGCAGCUCGUGCUUUUCUCUUUGCUUAUGGAGCCAUCCAUGCUGCCACUGUCCUUCAUAAAAAACUGCUCAAUAGUGUGCUUAAGGCACCAAUGGCAUUUUUUGACACUACACCCCUGGGGCGAGUCUUGAAUCGCUUCUCUUCGGAUGUCUACAGUAUAGACGACUCCCUGCCGUUCGUCCUCAACAUUCUUCUCGCCAAUGUGUUCAGUCUGCUGGGAAUGCUGGUGUUGAUGAGCUAUGGGCUGCCCUGGGUACUGCUGCCUCUUCUUCCACUAGGGAUGCUGUACUACCAAACGCAGCGUUUUUAUCGCCAUUCUUCCCGGGAGCUGAAGCGGCUGUGCAGCCUUACACUUUCUCCGGUCUACUCGCACUUCUCCGAGACGCUGAGUGGUCUGUCAACUGUGCGUGCCAGUGGGCACGCUGCCAGGUUUGAGGAGGAGAAUGAGAGGCGUUUGGAUCAGAACCAGCGCUGCCUGUUCAUCAGCAACGCUGCCAUGCAGUGGCUGGACAUCCGUCUGCAGAUGAUUGGUGUCUCAGUAGUGACUGUCAUCAGUGUAAUCUCUCUGAUUGAGCACCAGAUCAGAUCCAUCGAUCCAGGUCUGGUCGGUUUGGCUCUGUCGUACGCCCUGUCCGUCACUAACCUGCUGUCGGGCCUGAUCUUCAGCUUUGCCCAGACGGAGAUGCAGCUGGUGAGCGUUGAGCGUACCGAGGAGUACUCCACAAGCAUCCCACAGGAGCCUCAGUAUGGUGGCGUGGCGGUUCCAGCUUCUUGGCCAGAGCAUGGCCGUGUGGAGUUUGAUGGAGCCGUUCUAACAUAUCGGCCUGGCUUGCCCAAUGCCCUGGAUGGGGUGAGCCUGGUGGUGAAUCCGGGUGAGAAGGUGGGCGUGGUGGGACGCACAGGUUCAGGGAAAUCCACUCUGUUCCUGGCCCUGUUCCGUAUGGUGGAACUGAACCAGGGCCGGAUACUCCUGGAUGGGGAGGACAUCAGUCAGAUCGGGCUAUCUCAGCUGAGAUCCAAGCUGGCCAUCAUCCCCCAGGACCCAUUUUUGUUCUCCAGUUCAGUAAGAGAGAACCUUGACCCCAGUUGCCGUCACCCUGACUACCAACUGCUAGAUGCUCUGGAACAGUGCCACCUGGGAGACGUAGUGCAGAGAAUUGGAGGGCUGGACGCAGCAGUAGGAGAAAGAGGGACAUCACUUUCUGUUGGUCAGAGACAGCUACUGUGUCUUUCUCGUGCUUUACUCACUGAAGCCAAUGUUCUCUGUAUAGAUGAAGCCACAGCUAGUGUAGAUCACAGGACUGACAUGCUUUUGCAGAAGACUAUACGAGAACGAUUCAGUGACAAGACUGUCCUCACUAUUGCUCAUAGACUGAACACCAUUAUGGACUCUGACAGGGUUCUGGUGAUGCAUGCUGGGAAGCUAGUGGAGUUUGACAGCCCAUCUGCUCUGUGCGAAAGGAAGGGUUCAGCAUUCCAUAAACUUCUGGGUGGAAGAGGAGAAGGACUGAUCUGAUUUUAUCUGUUUUAAACUGUGAUGGUGAAUCUGUAUACUGACCCUAUAAACCAUGGCCUAUAUUCACAAAAUAACUUAAGUAGGAGUACCGAUUUUAGUUCUGUCCAGCAGUUGUAUAGACUAUUCUCAUUGUGGGGAACAAAGAGAAACUGACUUAAUAGACUCCUACAGAUCCUUUGUGAAUAUGGCCAGAUAUUUGCGUAUGACAUUGACAAGGUCAUAUUUUGCUUUGUCUGUGUCAUUUGAAUGGCGAUAGCAGCCCACUGAUAUUUUUACAUUCAUACGAACUGAGGGAAAAGCUGGUUUUUACCUGUUACACUUUCAUACUUCAAAGUAAAAUGUCAAAGGUUUGUUAGAAAUGGGCUUGUUGUUUUAUAGCCUGUCAUUGCAAAUGUCAAAUUAUUUGUCCAACACUGAUCCUGAAAUGAAAUUUAGGUCUAGAAUUUGGUCACUUAUGGUAAAAAGUAACCAAGUAACACACAAUGAGAAACAUUUUACAGUCAAACAUACAGUAUGUAAUUUACAAAAUUUAUUUUUAUUCAUUUUGUAUUUUAUAUAUUUUUUC